AUGUUGUCGAUAGUGUUGCUAACAAUAAUAAGUGCACUUUUAGUGUUUUGUGCAAUAUUUCAUUUUUCCGGGAACAGGGAAGUGUUUAAAAAAAUUUCUAAUAUUCCCGGACCGAGAGCAUUUCCUCUAUUGGGAUGCAUUUCUCUUCUAGUCGGAGAUGCUGCACAUUUUGCUGAGGAAAUAUUAAAUAUGUGCAAUAUUUAUACUUCGCCAUUUCGGGUUAUACUUGGAACACGAGUAUUUAUCAUCUUUAAAAAUCCAGAUCAAAUUAGAUCUGUUCUUCAAAAUCCUAACGCAAUUGAAAAGGAUUAUAUUUACAAAUUCGCUAAACCUUGGCUAGGCAAUGGUUUAGUUUUAGCUGACAAUAAAAUAUGGCGAGUACAUCGAAGGCUAAUUCAACCGACGUUUAAUCAAAAAAUUUUACAAUCUUUCGUUGGAAUAUUUCAUAAGAAUGCCCUUUCACUGACACAAUCAAUGAAAGAAAAUGUUGACGGGCCGGAAUUUGAAUUAACAACAAACAUUUUAUUCACAACUUUCAGUAAUAUUUGUGAAAGUUCAAUGGGCAUCACUGUAGAAUCAAAACGAGAAGAAAUAAUGAAUUAUUUUACAGCAACACAAAGGGUGCUUAAUUUACUAUUUGAACGUUUGGUACGAGUUUGGUUGCAUUCGGAUACGAUAUUUAAUUUGAGUGAAUUAUCGAGAGGCUUUUAUGAAGGCAUAAAGAAGGCGCACAAUUUCACCGAUGAGGUAAUACGAGAAAAGAAAGAAUAUUUAAAAACCUUAGCUGACGAAAACGAUGAAAACGAUGAACCGAGGAGAAAACCAACUUUAGAAUUGCUACUGGAAUUAACAGACAACGAACAUGUAUUAUCCGAUCAGGAUCUUCGAGAUGAAGUUCUCACAGUCAUAUUUGCUGGAUCGGACACGACAGCACGAACUCUUGAUUGUCUUUUUCUUAUGCUGGCUCAACAUCCUCAAAUACAGGAUAAAGUCUACGAGGAAAUUUUCAAUAUUUACGGCACAGACGAUCCGGAGGAUAAUCCUGUGAAGAGUGAAGAUUUACCGAGUUUACAAUAUUUAGAGAGAGUAAUUAAAGAGACGAUGCGACUAUUUCCCGCCGCUCCAAUGGUUGCACGUGAAGUACAAGCAGAUUUUGAAAUUGAUGGUUAUACAAUUCCAAAAGGUUGUGCAGUAAGUGCUUCAAUAAUAUCGCUUCAUCGCGAUGAGAAAUAUUGGCCCGAUCCAUUAAAAUUCGAUCCUGAUCGAUUUUUACCUGAAGAAGUACAUAAACGACAUCCAUUAGCUUACAUGCCAUUUUUGUUUGGUUCCAGAGAUUGCAUUGGUCGAGUGUAUGCAGUAAUGUCAAUGAAGGUAAUUACAGCAACAUUCCUGCGAAAAUAUAUUUUAAUAAAGGAGAAAAUAACAGAAAUUAAGGAUAUGAAAAUAAAAACAGACGCUCUACUCAGAUUAGCUGAUCCUGUCACUGUUCGUAUUGAAAAACGAGUGAAAUAACAAUUAUAGAAUUAGAAAAUGUGUAGAAAAGCAGUAAUUAUAAUUAAAAAAAAUAUAAGUAAUAUUAAUUAAUAAAUGAA